AUGAAACAAUUAAGGAAUUUUGCGACUGAGCAAGUGCCUACAACUGGCCACGAGCAACCCAUGCAGUGGUCGAUCAUGGCCACGAGCAGACGCCUGAGGCGGCCGACCGGCCGAUCGCGAGCAAGACCCCCUACGGGGGUCGUGAAUAGGCCCCUAUUGCCAGCCACGAGUAGGCGGCGAGCAAGCGCCUGUGGCAGGCCGGCCUACGACACUUGCGGUGGCCAGCCUGCUGUGAGCAGGCACUUGCGGCGGCUGGCCUACCGCGAGCAGGCGCUUGCGGCGGCUGGCCUACCGCGAGCAGGCGCCUGUGGCGGCUGGCCUGCCACGAGCAGGCACCUGCAGUGGCUGGCCUGCCACGAGCAGAUGGCUACGGUAGCUGGCAUGUCGCAAGCAGGCGCAUACGACAGCCGACCUGCCGCGAGAAGCCGCCUAGGGCGGCCGGCCGGACACGAGCAAGCCCUGUGGCAGCCAGCCGGACACGAGCAAGCCCUGUGGCGGCCGGUCGGUCGCGAGCAGGCCCUGCGGCGACCGUCGUGCGUGUGA